AGAUGUGUUGUUAUUAUUAUUAUUAGCGGUAAUAGUAUGGAAAAGUUAAAAUGCAAAUUAAAAUGACAGAAUAUGAUGAGACAUAUACAUACUUACAUUUAUAAACUAUUUUCUCUGCCAGUUUUAUCUUCCGACUCUUAUUUUGACACUCCAGACAGGAAGUGGGGCUGUGAUAAUGUUAUGUGUGACUUCACUUCCUGUCAGUGGCUCCGUCCUCUCUGUCUCUCUGUCUCUCUGUCUGUCUCUCUCUGUCUCUCUCUCUGUCUCUCAGGUGAUGGACAAUCAGAAGGAAGCUCUUCGCAGGAUCAUCAGCACAUUAGCCAAUAAGAACGAAGAGCUCCAAAACUUCCUAGAAACUGUCGACAACACACUGACAGGACUGCAGGAGGAGUCAUGUAAGGUGAUGUCAGAGCUGGAGGCGGAACUUGAGCAGCUAAGCUCCGCCCUGGAGGAGAAGGGGGCGGAGCUUCAUGGCGUCAUUAAAGAGGAGAAGCAGAGGAAAGAGGCGGAGCUUCAGAAGCAGCUGUCGGAGGGAAAGUUCGCUUUACUGUCGUGUGAAGAACUGCUCGAGUUCGCAAAUCAAACGCUGACGAUCACCAACGAAGAAGAAUUCCUAAAGGCUGCAAAACAAAUCAAAGAAAGGGUAACCAUGGCUCCAGCGUUCCGGCUGACGACUCGUCUGGCGGUGUCGGAGAACAUGUCGCAAUUUACCGUCGACUUCAGCACGGAGAGGGCGGGGCUUCAACGACUUCACUUCCUGCCAGUUCCCAGAGCUCCAGAGAUCGACGUCUCUAGCUGCGUCGUCUGUGACAACACCAUCACGGUUGCCUGGCGACCGGCUGGUGAGGCCGACAGCGACGGUGACAGCGGACGAAUCGAACGCUAUGAGCUCGAAUACCGAAAAACAAACCGCGACAGCUCGCUGAGAGCAGCAGGAGAGGCAUGCUGGGAAAAAAUCCACGACAUCAGAGAGACACACGUCACCGUGUCAGGUCUGAAGUUUGACUCUCAGUUCGUCGUCGUUCGAGUUCGAGCGAGAAACAAAGCGGCUGCUGGCGAGUUCUCUGAGUCCCUUGCCAUGGAAACCAGAGCGUAUAAUUUUGGGUUUGAUGCGGCGACGGCUCACGCUGAGCUGAAGGUUCAGGGCGACACGGUGACCUGGGAGCCGCAGGGGGUCAAAGGUCACGACCCCCGACUGAGAGGAAAAGAGAAUAAAAGCAGCAGCAGAAGCGCCACGCCUUCACCCAGUAAGACAGCAGGAAGUCGAGCAGGACGCGACCGAUUCGCUGGAGAGUCGUACACAGUGCUUGGUGACCAGGAGAUGAGUGGCGGCUGUCACUACUGGGAGCUCCGCCCCCUGGCUGACUGGAAGUCAUUCAGUGUGGGCGUGGCCUACCGGGCAAGCCUGGGCCGCUUCGACCAAUUAGGCAAGAGCGCCGGUUCAUGGUGUCUCCAUGCCAGCCAAUGGCUGCAGUGCUUGCUCGCUGCGAAGCACAACAACCGAGCGAAGGUGCUGGAUUGGCCGUUGCCUCAACGAAUCGGAAUCUACUGCGACUACGACAAUGGUGUUUCCUGUCGUGCUGAGGUGUUUCCAUACCACACAGUUAUUCCAAAGGUGAUUUAUCGUUCAUCGACGUCGAUCGACAUCGUCUUCUUCACUCCUUCAAAACAAAGUUCAGCCAGCCGCUCGUCCCCGCCUUCACUGUUUGGUGUGGUGGCAUCGCCAUAAUGACGGGCCUGCAGGUGCCGAGCUUCAUGGGUAAUUUCCUCUCCACCAAUCGGAGCCUCAGCAACCUGUCGCAGUAGAUUGAACUUCUACAAUCUUCUGUUUUUUAUUUUGUUAUUUUUGAUAAUUAUCAUUAAUUUAUUAUUUUAAUUUAUAAAUGUUAAUUUAAUAUAAUAAUAAUAUAUUACAUAUAGAAAUUAUUUGUGAAUUGUUGUCGUUAUCAAAUAUUAAUUGAAAAUAGAAAAUAAAUGUGAUCAUAUUUUAAGACCUGUAAUGAUUUAAGGAAAUUUAUUAUAUUGAUUAUUCUUGCCUGCUCUUAUUUUGAAUGUCUUGCCCUGAAGCCAUAGUUUUAGUUUGAGUGCUUUUGAUUUUGAGGAAGUACUAAUAUUGUCUGUUAGCUCAGGCUUUUAUUUUGACUGAUUUUGUAUAACAGGAAAACUUAUUGUUUCUGAAUGGCAGACUUUUAUUUUGAAGAUAGCAGCAGGAAAGACGAUUGUCUGUUCUCUCUGGCUUUUAUUUUGAAGGUGCAACUAGAUGUAAUUUAUUUUGAAAUUCAUGAGGAGGUUCUAUGUUUUAUUUAUGUGAAAGGCUUUUAUUAUGAAAGACCUCAUUAAAUACAGGCUGCGGUCGAAUACUCAAAGUCCCUCCUAUGUCUUUUCCCAAACACUUUUCCCGCUAUGGAAAACGUCAUGAAGUCAAAGAAAGAAAUGAAGGAGAAGUCAUCAGGACUUUAUUAAAACAACUUUAUUAAUAACACAUAUAAGAUAAGUACAGUGACAAACUCAGUGCUUUACAAUUCAAGUAAGGUUUCCUGUCCGAAACAGACUCACACCUCCUAAGAAAGCAUGUAUUCAGUUUAAACAUUUAACCAUCAAUUACUCUGGAAGCAACAACAAAAUAGAUAUUGUUGAAAAUAAAAACAAAAGAAACAGGAGUGAAAUGUUGAAAUAAUAUAAAAGGGAAAGUUGAGGCAUUAAAAUAAUAAAAGGGGCCAGACUCAAUUAUAUCCAGGCAUAAGUGUAUAUAGUUCCCUGGCAGGGGCGCUCUGGACCUUUUUAUACAUUUAUUAAGUAGAGAAGAAUUUAUUUUUUAGUGCAUUCCACAAUGGGGGGAUUUAGCAAAACGACAUUUAUGUAUAUAGUAUUUUGUUAUGAUGAUAUUGUUAACUAAGAUUACUCCUAACAAGAGAUGAAAUCUAUAUUUAUGGAUUUGGAGCUCAGCCAAUCAUGCAAGGAUUUCCAUGCGUUUUGGAUCGUGUUACGAGCAUUAAAUAGGUCUGGUGUUCCUACAUUUACCGACUACGAUGGUGCGUCACUUUAAAUGUUGCUGCCGCAAGGAAUUGUGGGACGGCAUGCUCUCCUUUCCUUUCGUAAAGGACGGUCCAGUGUGUCCUGCUAAAGGAGAUAAGAGAGGAAGCAUUAAAGCACCUUUCCUUAACAUUUAGAGAAUUCGACCAGCUCUUAUCAUGACUCAGAUACUUCUGGGUCAUUUUACUCAGCGGGGAACCUUCCUGAGCAAAAAUGACUAUUCGACCGCAGCCAUAGUGUUGUGCAUUCCUAAUGGAUUUUAUUUUGAAGGUUAACAUAGAACUUCCUGUCAUUUUAACCAAAUUACUGUCUUUUAUUUUUAAAGAUAAAUAUGAAUAUCUUUUUCUCGUUUUUUCACUCGUUGUUGGGAAUCAGGAUGUAAUUUAUUUUCAGUUUUUAUUAAAUGUUCAUAUCUGACCAGGAAUCAGAGCUCAUUUAUACUGAAAAUAUAAUAUUGUAUUUAUUGAUCCAUCAUGUGUGUAGAUGUCACAUCUGACCUGAAAUCAGCUCUGAUUUACUGUUUUAUAUUGACAUAAACGUUUUGAUAAACUGUGAAAACAAUAAGAUAAAAUUUAAAACUGUGGAAAUAAACAUUAAACAUUUUCAAAAAUG